AUGCUAGAUGUUCUUAGUCUAAAACACCCUUCAUCAAGACCUGCAUCAACAAGAGUAAAUAGUCAUCAUCAAAUUCCCUUCUCGAAACCAUUAGGCUAUUUCCCUCCAGUAGGAGGCAUUCCCUUGACCGACACAAACCCAAAUGUUGGAAUGAACGGAUUGCAUACUCACACGCUUGAUUUGGAAGGAAUCAGCAUGACAUUCCCAGCUAUAGCCACACUUCAAGAGUUAGAACUAGGGACAGUGAUAACAAUCGAUGAGGACAUAUACAAAGGUUCUAUUUAUGGUUCAUCUUUGAAGGGAAAAGCUCAAGGAAUGUAUGUAGCAAGUUCAGAAGACGGUAGCAGUCAUAUGAUGGCGAUGACUACUACUUUUCUUGGUAAUGAGUAUGAAGAUAGUCUAAGGUUUUUCGGUGUGCAUAGGGGCGAUGUUUUUGAAUCCCAUAUAGCAGUAAUAGGAGGUACCGGAAAGUAUCAUGAUGCAAAUGGCUAUGCUACUGUCAAGAUUGUCAAUGUAACAUCUAACAAAAAUGAAGAAGCAUACAAGAUUCUUUCAUUCAAUGUUUAUCUUGGUUAA